AUGGACCUGACGGAGGAGGUUGAGUCAGAGUUGGAGAGAUCGAACAAUGACAACACUGGGCCCGGGUUAUUGCAGCCAAAGACCGAGAACGACGAGCCAAGACAGCCGGUAGAUUGCAGUGGCAUAGACGAUCCCGAGAUCAAAAAGUCAAGCGCCAAAGGCAUGCUGCCCAGGCGUGCCGUGCUGCGUGCUGGCAGCAGCGGGCCAGUGUUGGCGAAGUCAUGGGCUGGCACCCAGUCACCAAAGCGGGCCCUUCCAAACACCAAGGCGGUCGAUCCGAGUCUGGCAGUACACCUCACAAGCAAGCUUGGGCCCAUAUCACCGGAGUCUGGCGAAGGCGGUGUGAGGUCAGGCCGAGCUGCGCUUCGAGGCGACGGGGACAAGCCCAGGCACGUGGAGUCCGGCAGAGGCGUGGGCGUGCCGAGGGCCGUGCGGCUGAAGGCGGGCGAGAUCAGGUCAGGUCGGGCAGCGCUGCGGGGUAAAGGCGAGGAGCUCACCUCCACAGAGCCCGGAGUGGGCAACGAAAGACCCAGGCGACCAAAUGACCUCAGCAGCGAGAAGGACCCGAGGUUCACAGAGUCAGGGGCCAAAGCGGCAAAGCCAAAGCGGACAAAGCUGCGAGCCAGUGGGGUUAAGCCCAGGCGAAGAGAGUCAAACACGGGCGAGGCAAAGUCAAAGCAAGCCCUGCUAAACACUGGCAAUGCCGAUUCAACCCGGAGGCCGCACCGCAGGAACGAGGAGCUGUCCAAGUUGGUAGGAUCCAGUAGCAACAGCAACAAGCCCGCGCGCACGAAACUUUGUGUCAGCACCGACAGGCCAAUGUGGGUAAAAUCCGAAAUGAACGGCGCGGGUGCCAUGCGCGAGGCGGAUCUGGUCGGGACUGCGGAUCCUGACAUGAUGAAGUCAUACGCCGGCAAAAGGGCACCAAGGCAAGCCGUGCUACACGCUGGCGCUGCCAGCUCCAAACAAGCAUAG